AUUAUUAUUAUUAUUAUUAUCAUUAUCAUUAUCAUUAUAAUUUUAUUUUCUUAUAUCCUGCCUUUUUCCCAAUAUUGGGUCUGAAGGAAGAACUGAGCUUUCCAAACGCUCCACUUGGGACUCUUUCUCUCCCCAUUUUAUUUAUUACUUGGAGAUGGGGUUUAACCUUUAUUCCUGAGGUUCUCAUUCCUUCUCGGUGGAUGAAAAGUGGACAAGUUUUCUUCCCUUCCUAGCCUUGGUUUGCCUCCUUUCCGGUGCAGUUUUUUCACCUUCUUAUUUAUUGUCUAGGGGCAGGAUAAAAUGUCAAUUGCUUGUAUUCUCAUUUCCCUGUGAUGGAUGAGCAAUGGACAAGUUUUCUUCCCUUCCAAGCCUUGGUUCUCCUCCUUUCCAGUGCAAUGAAGAGGCCAUGAAGGCCUAUUCCUCCAGGGAGGGAAAAGGGAUGCUAGAGGAAGGCUAACAGAUUAAACGGAGGAAGAAAAGAAGUCAUCUUCCCAAAUACAGGAGAGGUACAUGCUCCCUGUCUGGAAAUGUGCAUUGAGACAUCUGGAAGCACACUGUCUGGGCUUGGAAUCCAUUCUGCAAACAAGGGACCAAUUUGCCUGGAAGCUUUUGCAAACUUCUUUGCUUUCAUAUAUGACCUGUCCAAUCUGCAUCAGUGUGCUUUAUGUUAAAAUCGACAAUUUUGUUUUUUAACAUUUAAAUGUCCUUCUGGCCAAAAGGGCUUGAAAUGACCCGCUCUACAGAUACAAGUGUUUUAAUUUAUUUUCUCUCUUGUUUGGUUUAUUAAAAAAGGAAAAGAAAGAAAGAGGGAUGGAGGCUUAAAAACCUGUCUUAAAUCCAUUGCUCAGACCUGGAACCCUGCUCCCAGGUGUAAGGAGUGUGUGAGGCUCAGCAGUAUCUCGUGAUCUCUCUCAUCCUUUAAGAAAGAAUUUGCAAUGGCUCCCCAAAUGCUGGGACAGUGAAUUCGCUCUGGAUUUUAGUUGGAACAUCGAAGGAGAUCCCUGCAGGUGCAGAACCUCAUCUGGCUGGGGAUAGGUUUUGCAAACUUGGGCAGCUUCUUUAAAUUGGAAACUCAGAUCUGGAGGAGAUUGAUUGCCCCCCAAGACAGAUGCCACCCCCAGUUGGCCUGGGAAGUAUACAUGGGCCUGAGCCUAUUUUUUCCUAACAACAACUCAGUGAGGUAGGCAUUUGGCUCAGAAAGGAGGAGGAUGGCUCAUGAGUUACUGAAGCCAGAGCCUCAGUAUUACAGAUGCAGUCAGCCCUCUGCAUCCACACCUUCCAAGCAUCCAUGGCUUGAAAAUCUUUUUUAAAAAUAUAUAUUCCAAAAAGCAAACCAUGAUUUUGCCAUUUUAUACAAGGGACACAGUUUCGCUAUCACGGUGUAUUUAAAGGGACUCGAACACCCACAGGUUUUGGUAUCCAUGGACAGUCCUGGAACAAAACCCUAGAGGAUACCAAGGGCUAAUAAUAAUAAUAAUAAUAAUACCCUAUUGUCUAUCAUGGGAGUUGACCAACCAUGGAUUUUGCUAUCCACAGGGGUCCCUGGACCAAACCCCAGUGGAUACCAAGGACCACUAUAGCAUUAUGUUUGUAAUGUGUGUUUGGGGUCUAGGGGGAUGGAGGAAGGGAAGUUACAUUUCUUAAGCAAUGCUAGUAGUGGUAACACACACUUCACAGCCAAUACUAGGAUGGUCUGGAGAGGCCACGGGCCACAAAAGAGCCACGUAUGGCCCACAUUUUGCCCACUCCUCAUAUCUCAAUGGGAACAGGUUGUUUUGAAAGGAUAAUUUUCCAAUAUGAGGGACAGCUCCAUACAAUGCAAAUGGAAAGUUUUCCAAUUCAGUCCCCAGAUGGGAAAAUCACUAUGCCUGAGAUCAGGUAGACAAUGCAAGAUGUGUGGGGUUUCUGUGUAUUUGCUGGAUCUCUCUUGGUGUGAGGCCAUUCCCAAUAUUUUCACAGAAUGGUUGGCCAGGUUCAGCCAAAUAAAAUUUGGGAGCAGAGCAGGGCUUUUUGCAUCUCCAAUCCCCAUUUCACAUGACCCAAUAGAUCUUUGUGCAUGCUCAGUAGCACUCUCAUGCAUACUCUGGGAUGAAUUCCUAGGAUAUGGAGUGAAGAUGUUCUGAGCCCAAAGCAGAUCCAAGUUUAUAUUAAAUCCUACCCUAUUUUGAGAGAGUAACAGGCCCAGCUGUAUCACUGUACUACUAGCCUGUAUCACUUCUGCAACCUUGCUACCUUUCUAUUUGUUGACAAUUGUCCCUUUUAAAAGUAAAAGGGAGCAGGAAGAAAUUCAACUGGUGCAGCAUGGGAUUCUUGCAAGCUAGGCCAUGUGUUUGCAGAGGUGCAGCUGAGAAAGGUGCUGGAGCCUUUGUUGGAAAGGCAGGCACGUGGCACACCUUUCCUUUAAGAAUGGGGAUUGGUUGUGCUUUUUAAAACCCUCCAGGGUUUGUGCCAAGGGGUGCCCAUUUCAUGCCACCUGGAAGGUUGUUCAUUUCAGCUUCUCCUGGGGUCUGUAUGCCUUCGGAGACCAGUGGACUCGAUCUGUUCCUAGAGACCUGCACUGCAAGAACAACACUCAUCAACAUUAACCUGUUGCAGUUUGUUCAGGUGUCCUUUGCACCAAGAUGCCAUCCUUCCCCCUUGAAGAACCCCCUGAUGGAGGCUGGGGCUGGUUUGUCGUCCUUUCCGGAUUCCUGGCCAACUCUCUUACCUAUGGCAUCUUGCGGUCGCUGGGUGUCCUCUUUGAAGAUCUGGUGGACGCCUUCGACGCUACAGCGGCUGAGGUUUCCUGGGUGACAGCCAUUGCCUUGGCAAUGGAACAAUUUGCAAGUCCGCUUGGCACGGCAGCCAGCAUGCGCUAUGGGGCUCGUCCCAUGGUGAUGCUGGGAGGACUGGUCUCCUCGCUGGGCUUGCUUUGGGCUUCCUUCAGCACCAGUUUGCUCCAGUUAUACCUCUCCCUGGGACUUCUGACUGGUCUGGGCUGGGCACUGGCUUUUGCCCCCGUCAUGGGCACGCUCUCCCGCUACUUCUCCACCCGCCGCUCCGUGGCCGUAGGAUUGGCACUAAUGGGCAACGGCCUCUCCUCCUUCGCUCUGUCCCCACUCUUGCGGCUUCUGGCUGAGUCCUUGGCCUGGCGUGGGGCCUUGCUUGUGACCUCCGCUUUGGGCCUCCAUCUGCUGGUCUGUGGGGCUCUCCUCCGACCUCUGGCCUUGCGUGGGGAGCGGCUUGGCUCAGGUUCGGUGUUUGACUUGGGUCUUUUCACCCAGAGAGGUUUUGGGGUCUUCUCUCUUGGCGUGGCUCUCCUGGCAGCUGGUUACUUCAUGCCAUACGUUCACCUGGAGCCAUUCGGAAGGGCGUUGGGUCUACAUCCUUACGAAGCCGCCUUCGUGGUCUCCCUCGCUGCCCUCUCAGAUGCACUGGCCCGGUUCCUGGCUGGCUUCUUUGUGGACCGACGCUUGCUGUCUCCAGUCCAUCUUCUGCUGCUGCUCAACUCCAUCACGGGUUGUAGCCUCUUCUGCUUCCCACUGGCCACCACCUACGUUGGUGCCCUCCUCCUGGCCUUGCUCUAUGGGGCCAGUGCAGGCAGCUUUGCCACGGUGGCAUUUGGGGUCUUGCCAGAGCUUGUCGGUGUCACCCGCGUGAUGAACGCCACGGGUCUGUGCCUGAUGGUGAUGAGCAUCGGGGGGUUAUUGGGACCCCCACUGUCUGGCUUCUUGAGGGAUAUGACUGGAGACUUCACAGCCUCUUUCUUGGUUGGCGGAGCCUUUGUCCUCUGUGCCAGCAUGGUCUUCCUCGCCCUUCCCUCUUUCUUUGCCAGUUGCUGUAGUUGUCAGAGUCGUAACAACGCAGUUCCCAGCAUCAAAGAAGACUCUUGGGCUCUUGGCUCAGCUCCCUUUCUGGAACCCGUUCCUGGCACCAAUGAAUGCUCCCAGAUAUGAAAAAUGAACAAUUCUAGAUCAGUAGUAUCUCUUGGCACAACUGCCCCAGGACUGAGUUACUGGGCAGCUGCUGCUGCAGACAAUAGAGGUCUGUUCUCUUAUCAGUCAGGAUGCCGCAGAAUGAUAUUUCUUCCCUUUCCCACUAGCAAUCUCUGGCACAACAAUCUGAAGCCGGAUUCUCAUUGCAAUAUCAUUCCUCUUUGCACUGGAUAUUGCUUAUAGGAGCAGAGUGGAAAUGUUAGUUUGCUGCAUCCCAAUCCACAAGAGAAAAAAACCUCCAUUGCAAUGGUUGCUGCAGGACUUUUAGCAUCAAUAUGUAUUCCCUGCACUAUUGCUGCAACCAUGAAUACAGAGGGAUCAUGAAUAUGAAUCAUUUAUGGAUGUCUAACUCUACCUUAUGCAUUUGUAAUUGUGAUCAUGAAGUCCAGCCAAUGUUUGGAUUUGUCUACACAAUUAAAAUAUGUCUCAUUAUAUUUGAAUAGAAUGUGCUCGUGCCACUUGCCAUUCAGAGGACUUUGGGCUUUUUGCGGGGUUGUGCAUGAAAAACUCCACGAACUCUGCAGAAAAAGUCUUCAUGGUUUUUAUUGGAGUAUUUGCGAGUAUCCAUGAUCAGGCUUGUGGUUAUCUCUCUGCUUUGCAUGCAUUUGCAUGGCUGCAUAUUUUUGGCAAAGAAAGGAUAAAUUGAUGUGAAUUUGUGCAGGAAAGUGAUGACAAAUGUUGAUGCAAAUCUGUGGCUGUAUCUAUGAGUGCAGAGAGCUAGUGUGGCAAAGUGGUUUGAGCAUUGGACUGGAACUCUGGAGGCAAGGACUCUCAGGCAUAGAGCCUUGGGCAAGUCACAUACUCUCAGCCUCAGGGGAAGGCAAUGCAAACCUCCUCCAAAUUUACCUUGUCAAGAAAACCCCAUGAUAGGGUCACCUUAGGGUUGUCAUAAGUUGAAAACAACUUGAAGGCUCACUACGAUAAGAACAAUUUGUAGUUGCAACAGGAGGGAUGGACACCCACUACUACACAGAUCCACCAGGUGGCAAUAUUGUCACAUCUUUUAAAUGAUUUCUGGGUCCAGCUGUAUUUCUGUCCCCCCAACAAACUCAUAUGAUGGGUUUACAUUGUAGUGGGAGGGAGCUAUGUUUGCUAUAGAACAACAAAAACAAACAAAAUCCCAAAUCCAUCCUGUGGAAACUUUAUUGGUCCAACCAACAGA